GUGAUGACGAGUUUAGUAAUGGCUGCUUUUAUUUCAGUUGCAAGUGUUUUAAUAUUUGGUGUCUCUUUAUCAGAGGAAGCCGGAGGACUAUCACUGAAUUUCUAUGACAGAAGUUGUCCAGGCGUUUACUCUGCAGUUGACAAGGUGGUGAGAACUCACGUAAUGAAUGCUCCAUCCAUUGCUGCACCUCUUCUCAGAAUGCAUUUUCAUGAUUGUUUUGUUCGGGGUUGUGAUGGGUCGGUGUUACUGAAUUCAAUAAAAUCACAGAAAGCAGAGAAGGUGGCAUUUCCAAAUCUAAGUUUGAGGGGAUUCGAGAUAAUUGACGAAGCCAAAGCUGUAGUAGAAAAAUUAUGUCCUGGAGUUGUUUCAUGUGCUGAUAUUCUUGCCCUCGUUGCUCGGGAUGCUGUUCACAAGGUGGGUGGACCAUCGUGGAAUGUUCCAACUGGUCGUAGAGAUGGAAAAUUGUCUCGAGACACAGAUGCCCUAACAAAUCUGCCACCUGCUAAUGGAAACUUCUCCACACUUAAAUCAAUAUUCGCUAAUGUUGGGCUUAGCGUCAAAGAUCUUGUUGUGUUAUCAGGUGGGCACACCAUUGGCACAGCCCAUUGCAGCUCGAUUAACACCAGGCUUUACAAUUUUAGUGGAAAGGGAGACAUGGAUCCGGCCUUAGACAAAACUUAUGCUGCCCAGCUUAAGAUUAAAUGCAAGCCUGGUGACACUACUAAUCGGGUAGAAAUGGAUCCGGGCAGCUUUAAAACAUUUGAUAACAAUUAUUUCUCAACUUUAGAAAAAAGGAGAGGGCUCUUUCAAUCGGAUGCUGCACUCCUCACAGAUAAUGAGGCGACAUCAUAUUUGAAAGCAGAGUUGCAGAGCUCUACAUUUUCCUCUGAUUUUGGCGUGUCAAUGGAGAAGAUGGGGAAAAUAAGUGUUCUCACUGGUACUGCUGGGGAGAUCAGACGAAAAUGUGGUUUUACAAACUAAGGACUGCAUGGAUUUUUUUGUCUUUUCUUUCGGUUUUUGUGUUGGUUUCUGUAAAUAAGGGCUGUAGCUAUUCUUGUUCCAAAAGUACUCUGUUGUAUAUCAAUAAUUUUAGUGUAUUUAUUCUGUAGUUUUUGUGUCUGCAUAACAGAAAUGUUAUCAGUUGUAUGAUAGCGCCAUUUUGGAGCCAGAUUAGGCACGGGUCCUUCUCUAGUAGAGACCCGUCAAUGGGUUUUGAUUGCCAUUUUUCAAUUGAGAAAAUAAACUAUUUUGGAAAGUUA